UCAUUAGAAAUGCUUACCCAAAACAGGCAUGGCAACAAACUGAAUUGAAUGCCGAAAGGGCGAGGGCGAGGAGAGUAGCCCGAUAGGAAAUACAUAUAGAACAAUCCCAAUGUUGGGACAGUGGGCAUUAAGACACCCUACCGUCCUAGUCCUGCCCUGUCUCGUAGUCGUCCUGGCUUCCAUCCUGAGCCCGUGGUCCUCAUCAGCACGCGGCCUGUCCUCUCUGACCAAGAUCAAGGGGUUCUCGACUCUGCUUAAGCCGUCCGUGUCACCACCCAGCAUCAUGCCCAAGGCACCAGUCUAUUUCUUCAGCCACGGAGGGCCUGACGUCCAAUACAACAAGACCCACCCCGUCUACCCCGUCCUGCAGUCGAUCGGCAAGGAGAUCACUCAAAAGGUCAAACCCAAGGCUGUCGUGGUGUUCUCGGCCCACUGGCAGGCCGAGCCCGAUGAGAUCCAGCUCAACAACGCCGAGGAGACCGAUCUGAUCUACGACUUCUACGGCUUCCCCCCGGAAUACUACCGCGCCACCUUCCCCAGCAAGGGCAGCCCCCAACUCGCCUCCCACAUCCUCUCAUUGCUUUCCUCCGCGGGUAUCAAGGCGCGUGGCGUAAAACGAGGACUAGACCACGGCGUGUUCUCCGGGUUCAACGUGGCCUUCGACCCGACCUCGAACCCUUUGCGCUGCCCGCUCGUACAAGUAUCACUCUUCAACAGCGAGGACGCCAACGCGCACUACGCCCUGGGACGCGCCGUGUCGUCCCUGCGCGACGACAAUGUCGUCAUCAUCGGCACGGGCAUGACGGUGCACAACCUGCGCGACAUGAGGUUCCUCAUGAGGAACUCUGAACCGCUGCCCUACGCCGUCUCGUUCGACGAGGCCCUGAAAGAGGCCGUCGAGGCCGAUCCGGCGGUGCGACAGGAACGCAUGGCGGCUGUGGCCAAGCGGCCCGAUGCUAGGCACGCCCAUCCGUGGAUGGACCACCUCAUGCCCGUGUACGUGGCGGCGGGGGCGGCGGGGGACGAUCCGGGACAGCAGAUCUGGACUAUGCAUGAGGCGUGCUUCGCGUGGGGGCAGUAUAGGUUUGGACAGGUCCCUGCAUGACUUUGUAAGGUGUUCAAGAUGAAAUAGCAAUCAGAUUCAGAU